GGCAUGGUGAGGCCGCUGCCGCAGUGUUGUUGUGCGGGGAGGAUGCUGCGGACGCGUGAGACAUGACGGUGGCUGAGGGGCCUGCGAUGGAAAGUCGGUGCAUCUGAAAGCGGGUUGCGUCCGGGCGUUGCCUCAAGGUCGAAACUCACCGUUCACGCUCUCUCUCCCAACGGUCGCCCUCGUCGCCCUCGACCUCUCCCUCCGCACCCCCGCCUACACACGGACGCACCUGCGGACACCCGGAAAAGCUGGUCUCCGACCCGGCGCUACGCGUAGGCUCGUUGCAUAUCGCCUCGACGCUUGCCGACUUCUCUGGCUCCACCAUAUCAGGUUACAGUCCAACUGACGACCACUGCCUCGCACGCACCUUCUACUGUGACGCGCCGUUUGUCCGAGCUGGCAGCGCAGAGUUCUGCAGAGAUGAGCUGGCUCGCGAACCUAUUCUCCUCUUCGAAGACUACUGUGAACUCGCGGAGGGCUAGUGCCAUGUCCUCGACACAUGACGCCUUCAGCCUGCCGACUUCCUCGCCCGGCAUCCAUCCACACCCUGACGCCUUCAACGCAGAGAUGCUCACAUCCCCGACAAGUAGUGGCUCGUAUUCGUACCCGCCGGCCUCGUCGCGGGGGUCCUACGACUAUGUUCCUACCGGUACACGGUCACGACAAUCCUCGAUACUUCCCCUCCAUUCCAAUGCUUCCCUGCCGCCUCUGCCAUCAUACCCUCCGUUAUCGCACACGUGGGAUCGCCUCCGUCGAUGGCUCUCGCGCGAGUACCCGGAGCUGGGGGACACUCUCAACUACGGUAUUCUCCCCCAGGACCUGCAGCAGAUCGAGAUGACACUGGGCAUGCGCCUGCCAACGGCCGUGCGGGACUCAUACUUGUGUGUCGACGGGCAGGAGGCGGAGUCCGCAGCAGGGUGUUCGGAGGGCUUGUUCUUUGGCCUCACGCUACUCCCACUGGAGGACGUCCUGGAGGAGUGGAGUUUCUGGAGAGAAGUCGACGACGACCCGAGUACGGGGGCAAACCAGCGCCUAAAAGAGGUUAUGCAGUCGAUCCCUCCGAAAUGGGUCAAGCGGGAGUACACCUGCAGGGGUUGGAUCCCGCUUGCCACGGACAAAACUGGUAACUAUAUCGGUAUCGACAUGACCCCGGAUGAGGAGGGGAAGUCGGGGCAGGUCAUUGUCUUUGGGCGUGACUUUGACACCAAGGUCGUGAUGUUCAGAGGAGAGGGCGAGGGCGGAUGGGGCAAGUGGCUUGCGGGCUUCGUGGACGAUCUCGAGAGUGGGGAGGGUUAUGAGCUUGGAUCGACCAAUGACGGGAGUGAAGGUAGCGAGGACUCCAUUGGCUACGAGAGCUACUUCUUCGACGGUGUUGGCGGUGGACAGGGUGAUACCGGUGGUGACGCAGGCACUGGCGGUCUGCGGAUGACAGGCGAGUACAAAGGAUGGCGUGUCCUGGAAGCUUGGGCGGACCGUAGCGUACGAAAGUGGCAAGAGGCCGGACUCUACUCAAACGAUGCAUACCCACCAUGGGAGAAGGGCAAGGGGAUGGAGCGAUUUUCACUCGAUCAUGUACCGUUAGUUGGGGCUGGCGGCUCCGGCGCUGAGGUCCCUAUACCUGUCUUCUCAGACGCAUCUGGGGAGACGACGGCUCUGACUGCGGCUCCGGAACCCCUCCGCAACGCCACGAACAAGAGCAAACCAGCAACCCGGCAAUCUGUCCCGACUAUCUCAGUCACAAAACCUCCGGCGCCCUUGCCCUUAGAGCUGCCUACCCCAGAAGCUAUCGACUCCCCCAUCUUCGCGUCACGACAGCUCCCUGACGACAUCGAAGCGGGCACCGCCAUACGGGAGUUCGACGCAUCUUCCGUAUCGUCACCUCCUGCUAAAGCGUCACCCCUCUCGUCGGCCACAUCGCCGCCAUUGAAGUCUAUUCGCGUGCCUUCCCCUCCCUCGAGGUCGCUAACAGAUUCGCCGGACACAAUACACGCAACCUCGCCCACAGCACCAAUACCUGAUCUGCUUACGCCAACAUCACCAACUACGCCAACACCGGCUGCCCCCGCCCCGCUGGUGGCAGCAACGGUCGAUUUGGAGUCAUCUGCGAACUCAGGCGAAGACUCUCCAGUUUUGAUACACGCGGACGACGUCGAGCCUGAAGAUCCUAUCCGCCUCGUCGGCGGUGGAGGUAUUUCCGGUACGGUUGACGACUCGAUGCAGAACGACAUUGUUAUUGUUGACGACCCGCAGUCGGUGGAACUCAAGGACGUUGAUCUGAACGGGCCGGCCUCGCCGACCGCGGCGGACACGACGCCCACCAGCGAGAAGCGGAAGAGCAUCACCGCGAGCCUGAAGAGCUUUGGGCGGAGGAAGGACUCGGUCUCGUCGAUGAAGGGGAGCGGCUGAUAGCUGCAGAGAACUCUUUGGCAGGGCUGGACAUUCGCACCACAUCAUUGCUUCCUGGUUUCCGCACUCAUUAUUUUAUGUUUGCCCUCGCUUGUACGUACAGAUGCAUUUUUCCCGAUACCCGUAGUCGUCAUUUAGUGAACAGUGUCUUUGCGCGCACGGACACCACUUAUUAUGCGCCUGGUUUGUGCAGCGGAGGCUUGAUCUCCGUGUUGAAACAAGUAGUAGCAGCUGGCUAAGUAGCGGCAUUCGCUCUGUCAUGGUCUGGCACCUGGGCAGAAUGCACCUGGAAGUAUAUUAUAGUCUAACAUCUUCACGCGGAACACUUCCAACCUCUACUUAGCUGCAGAACAUCAAGCGC